AGCCUUCCAAUUGACAGCACAGCCAUGCGAGCAAUACCUACGCCUUUAUAAUGGACCGUUUCCUUAGCUCACUCUGAUACUUGGGGUGCGCUCGGUCUCCUCACUUACGAGUCUGUACCUACUACCAUAUGUUUGCGUUUCAUUAUAUGCGUUCCCCUCUUUAUCUUAAAAGAUCCCUUCUCUGUCUGUUCACCUAUCAUAUGUCUUCCCUUUCUGUUUCUUGUAUGUUUUGGUCGUCUGCUUGUUUACGAAAAGUGCUGGUCUCCCACUAUGGAGGAAGCAGCAUUGUGGCCGGAAUGUUUGAGUAUGUUCGACGGCUGGAGCUUCGUUUCUGGCAAGGGACGGCGAUGGAAAGGAUUUCAACUUGUACCAUAGUAGUAAGCGGGUGGUAGUAGGAAAUACAGUAUGUUGGUUGCAUUUUUCCAUGAAUGCUAUCUACGUGGG